AUGACUAAAGUCCUGAGCGACGAUGAAGUCGCAUCGUUGGACGAGCAAAUAGAGCGUGUUACCAACAUGGGUCUUCUCACAGAGGCCGAAUGCAAGAAUCUGUGCGAGAGGGUUCGAGAGUUGUUGCAGGAAGAGUCUAAUGUUCAGCCGGUCCGAUGCCCUGUCACAGUCUGUGGAGACAUUCAUGGGCAAUUUUUGGACCUCAAAGAGCUCUUCAGAAUCGGCGGGAAACCUCCAGAAACUAACUAUUUAUUUUUGGGUGAUUACGUGGAUCGAGGAUAUUAUUCUCUGGAGACCGCGGCGCUGAUGUUCUUGUAUAAGGUCCGCUUUAAGGAUCGUAUCACCCUUCUGCGUGGCAACCAUGAGACGAGGCAAAUCACACAAGUUUAUGGUUUUUAUGAUGAAUGUUUGCGGAAGUACUCGAAUCCAAAUGUGUGGAAGUACUUCACAGACACCUUUGAUUACCUCCCCCUCACAGCAUUGAUAGAGAAUCAGAUCUUCUGUCAACACGGCGGCCUCUCGCCUUCUAUCGACCUGUUGGACCAUGUUCGCCAACUGGAUCGUGUGCAAGAGGUUCCUCAUGAGGGCGCCAUGUGUGACCUGCUCUGGUCCGAUCCUGACGAACGCUGCGGAUGGGGAAUCAGUCCGAGAGGCGCUGGGUACACCUUUGGGCAGGAUAUCUCAGAACAGUUCAACCACGCCAACGGUUUGAAGUUGAUCGCCCGAGCACACCAGCUGGUCAUGGAAGGCUACAAUUGGUGUCACGACCGGAAUGUGGUGACCAUCUUCUCGGCACCAAACUAUUGUUACCGAUGUGGCAACCAGGCAGCCAUCAUGGAGAUUGACGAGAAUCUUAAGUACACUUUCCUGCAAUUUGAUCCGGCCCCCCGUGAGCAGUCUUCGCCUGAUAUUGCCCGAAAACUACCGGACUACUUCCUCUGA